AUGGAUGGAGCAUGUGGUGGAACAUUAGAGCACGAAAGCGGCCAAUUUGCAACUCCAAACUACCCAAACCAAUACCCCGACGACAUCGAAUGCGAAUGGACCUUAAAAAUGUCACCCAGCUUUUCUUAUACCAUCAACUUCGAAAAUUUCGAAUUGGUCCAAUCGCAAUUUUGCAACGAAGAUUUCGUGGAAAUCCGCGCAAUCGAUGACAACAACAAACUUUUGGGCGAUUAUUGCGGCAACAACAUCCCCCCAACCAUCACCGCAAACGGCUCAAUUUGGAUUUAUUUUAAAAGCGCCAAAUCAGACGUUGGCGAUAUCGGGCAAAAGAAGAAAGGAUUUAUGGCACGAUUUUCUUUAAAUCACGAAAAUGAAUUUAGCGGCGAUCACGGAUUUUUAUACUCACCUCUUUACCCGGAAUACUACGCGAAAUCUUCAUCGUUUUAUUGGAGGAUUCGAGUUGGAUUUGGGCACAAAAUUAGGUUAACAGCCAAAGAAUUUUCGUUGGGGACUGACGAGGAGAUGUGUUAUUACGAGGCGCAUAUUGCGGUUUAUGAUGGGUACAACACCGAUUCGGAUGGGGAAUAUUAUUGCGGGGGGAGAAAACCUAAUUUUGAGUCAUCCUCUAACGUGAUUUAUUUGGAGGCGACGUUCGAUCCGCGCACCAAACAAAGCCGAUUUAUUUUGGAGUGGACUCAAAUCAACGUCGUCUCGAAACCCAAUUAUAUUAAUCCUUUAAUUUAUUUAAGCUCAAAUGAAUCUUGUGGCAAUUCAGAGACUGUGGUGGUAAAUGGGAGUGAUCCUUUUUUGCUUACAUCUCCGGGGUAUCCUUGGGGGUACAAAAAGAAUUUGAAUUGUUCUUGGACGUUUUCGACGAAAUCCCAAAAUCAUUUGGGGCUAAGAUUCAAUGAUUUGCGAAUUGUUAACGCGCAAAGUUGCAUUUUUGAUAAAGUGCAAAUUUACGCUGGGAGUGAUGAUGAAGAAUCUGCUUGGAAAUUAAUAAAAACGGCUUGUUUACCGAAUGAGACUCACCACGAGAUUUUAACUUCGAAUUUAAUGAGGGUUGUGUUCCGCUCAAACUCAUUCAGCAACUCAAGCGGGUUCCAAGCGAUCAUAUCGGAGCGUUGUGGGGGGAGUAUCAAAUCGAGUAACGGGGUCAUAAAGAUUUCCGAAAAAUCCUCCGUCCCAGACGAUGAGUGCCAAUGGAAUAUUACAGCUCGAUCAGGAAAAACCAUCGAAGUGUCGUUCAAAAUUUUCGAUUUGGGGGAAUCCCCCGAUUCCCCUUGCAAUAAUUACUUAAUUUUAAGAAACGGGCAAUACGCGGAUUCUCCAUUUUUAGGGGAAGGGAAAUAUUGCGGGAAGAACUCCCCCCCAACAUUAAAAUCAGCAUCAAAUCAUUUAUACAUCAAGCUUCAUUCAACAUCAGUCGCUAAAUCCCCAGGAUUUGAAUUAACGUUUAAAGAAGUUUCGUUUGAUUGCGGCGGAAAAUUAACCCUAACCGAAAUUGAAAACUCAACGAUAAUUAAUUCCCCGAAUUACCCCAACAUCCCUCAACCCCACAUCGAAUGUAUCUGGAUCGUUCGAGCUCCCCCCGGCGAAUCGAUCCGAAUCGACUUCUUAGAACGGUUCGAUUUAACCAACUCGGUUAAUUGCGACGAUGAAUACGUCGAGUUAAGAGAUGGCGCUGCGGUUACUUCGAAAUUAAUCGGAAGAUUUUGCGAUGAAACUCCCAGUUCUCAAGCGACAACCGAUAAUGUACUCUACAUCAAAUUUUUCACCCAAGUUGAUGACCCAAGGAACGGGUUUAAAGUCAAAAUCCAAAUCAAAAGUUGUGGGGGGAUAAUUCGCGCAACAUCCGGCACGAUAACAUCCCCUAAUUACGGGUUGAAAGAGUUUUACCCCGAAAAUUUGGAUUGUUCUUGGGAAAUAAUUGGGCCGAGAGAUCACUUUUUGAAUAUAACCUUCAAAGAAAUCGAUUUACCUCCACGAAUUGGCGAUUGUGCAGAAUCCCGAAUUAAAAUUGUUGAUCAUUUUUUGAAAAAUAACUCAAAAGAAAUUGUUGAUGCGUGCAAGAUGAAACCCGAAUUGAAAAACGUCCAAACUUUCGGAAAUCACGUCACGGUUAAGUUCACUUCCGGUAAAGUUACGAGAUUGAAACGAUUCGCUGGGUUCUCGUUAAGUUUUGUGACGGACCAAGAAGUUUGUGGCGGGAAAUUAACGUCUCCUUCCGGGUUCAUAACAUCCCCGGGAUAUCCAAGUAUGAACCACAACCAAAGAAUUUGUGAAUGGAACAUCGAGGUUCCCCGGGGAAGAAGGAUUAAAGUGAAAGUAAUCGACCUCGAUUUAGAUAAGAACUCCCACACUUACGAACAAGGAAUCGUUUUCUUUAACGAUCACGAUUUUUACUCGGAAAUUGAGUAUUUGAGUGCUGGGGAUAAAGCCGAUUAUAUAUAUUCAACCGAUAACGUGAUGGCGAUUUAUUUUUGGUCGUCACACGUUUCUUCACAUCGAGGAUUUAAAUUGCAAUAUAGUUCCGAUGAACCAACGUUGUGCGUUGGGGAUUUUGGUAAAGAAUACGGGACUAUUUACACCCCGAAAAAUGUGACGUUAUUUAGGUGCUCGUGGAGUCGCGAUGAUGAUGUCCAUCUUCAAAGGACGGUUACUUUGAAAAUAACGAGUAAUAUGGCUGACAGGAAACCAGUUCGAAAUUGUGGAACGGUUGGGACAAAUUUGGAUGUAAAAACUAAAGUUAACGGCGAAACGAUGUUAGUAGCAGAAUAUUGCAACUUCUUAAAGAAACCCGAAACUCUCCGAAUCCCAUACCCUUACAUAUUAAUGAUAAACAUGCAAAGAGCGGGUUACCUCGAAUCAAUCAAUUACACCGUUGAAUAUUCAACCCAAAAUUGCGGCGGGAUCAUCACCAAACCGAUCGGGACGAUACAAUCCCCCGACUUCCCCAACACCCCAUCAACAACGUACGAUUGCGUUUGGGUCAUCGAUUUGCUAGAAAACCAAGCCGUUAAGCUCAACUUCACCUCCAUGGAUUUAGGACAAGAUUGCGAAAAAAGCUUCGUUAAAAUCCAUAAUGGACCGCUAAAAACCAGCCCGUUAAUCGGGACUUUUUGCGGAAACUCUUUACCCUCCACUUACAUCUCGCAAUCAAAAGGGAUAUGGAUCGAGUAUCAUUUCGAUGUUGCUUCAAACGGGAAAGGAUUCCAAGUUAAUUAUGAGCCGGUUAUCGGGGGUUGUGGAGGAGUAUUUUACGACACAAACCGAUUUUUGCAAACACCUAAUUAUCCGGAGGAAUACCCGAAUAAUAUUGAGUGCGUUUGGGAGCUCCACACCGGUGAUGGGUACCACGUUGGGUUAAUUUUCGAUAAACGAUUCCAUUUAGAGACUAGUAAUAAUUGCGAAAAUGAUUACGUCAAAAUUUAUGACUACAAAAAUGAGGGUUGGGAGUUAAUUAACGUGUUAUGCGGGAAAGACCCCCCGAGUUUCGUUAAUUCCACCUCGACGAAAAUGAAGGUUGUUUUUCGGAGUAACUCAAAGAUUUCUCAAGCUGGAUUUAGGGCGUCUUGGAGCGCGAAUUGCGGCGGGGAUUUCGUCGCGGAUAAAAACGCAAAGACGAUUUCAAGCCCGGGGUACCCCAACAAUUACAAAUCAAACAUGUUUUGCGUUUACAACAUAUCGGCGAAUCGGGCUAACUUAAGAGUGGAGUUUCUCGAUUUCAACUUAGAACACGGCGAUGAUAAUUGCAUCUUUGAUAACGUUACGUUGUCUUAUAAGAUGUAUCGAAAUUUUAUUAACAACACUUAUUGCUCGACAACCCCCCCUCCUUUUAUCAUAGUCGAAAAUAAUGUAAUUGUAACAUUUAGAACGGACAGUUUCAUGAAUCGGAGAGGAUUCUUGUUGAGUUAUAAAACGGAUGAAUGCGGGGGUGAAAUAACGCAACCCACCACAAUUCAAGACGACUAUAAAUUUAAACGGGACCAAACCUAUCGAAGCACGAGGUUUUACGGAUUGGAAAAACCCUGCGUUUGGAAUAUAACAGCUCCAGAAAAAUCGCAAUCCGUUGUCGUUAGAUUGGAAUUGCUAAAUUUAAGAUACACCUUUAAUUGUAACGCGGAUUAUUUGAUGUUUUUCGACGGACUCUCUCGGAAUUCCAGCAAUCGUUUGGCGAAAUUCUGCGGGAAUUAUUCCUCAAUCAUCCACCCAGAAAACACACCUAUAAUUAGCUCGACUUCGAAUCAAAUGACGAUCGUUUAUCGAUACCCUUCGAGGAGUUCAAUCGGGUUUAAAGCUUUAAUUUAUUUUUCUUAUGGCCCAUCAGCUGGGUGUGGUGGAAAAACUUACUUAAACGACACCAAAACAGCAACAAUUCGAGGUCCCAUCUCAUUAAACGAGCUAGAUUGCCACUAUCAAAUCGAAACCAUGGAUGGUUAUUAUCUCAGCUUAAAAUUCAUCGAACUCGAUUCUUGCAAACUCAACACAAACGGGAGUCUACUCAAAAAUUGUUCGUGUAGCUUUUUCGAAAUUCGCGAUGGUGGGGGGCCAUUAUCGGAAAUAAUUGAUUCGUUUUGCGACCAAGAUAUUCUUCCGACUUACAAAACGACCGGGGCGAAAGUUUGGAUCCGUUGGACGACGAACUUAUUCAAUAUGGGGCGAGGAUUUAAAUUGGAAGUUACACCGAUUUUGUCUGUUUGUGGGCCUUCCCUAUUGGUGGCAGAUAAAAUACCCGAAGUGUUGGUGUCACCAAAUUUCCCCCAAACGUAUCCGGGCGCGACAAAAUGUUCCUGGAAGAUCGCUUUGCCCCAAAAUACUACUUGCUGUAUGCACUUGAAGUUCAUUGAGUUUGAUUUGGGGGAUGUCCCAGAUGAUAGCACAACUUGUCCGGGAGAUAAAGUUGAAAUAAGUGACAAACACAGUUCAGAUACUGAUGAAAGUGCGUUAGGAUCAAGUACGAUAUUUGCAACAAAAUUAAACAACCAGUUUAUGAGUCGCAUGUUUUACGCCCCAUUGGGAGUUCACCAAUAUUGCGGAAAAAUCGGUCACGAAUACGAUUAUUACACAUUCAGUCGCGAGUCAAUAAUCGAUUUCGAAAGUGUUUCGGGAACCCACGGAAAAGGAUUUAAACUAGAAUACAAAAUCGAUAAAUGUUACCGUAAUUUAACUGGUCAACAAGGAAAAGUGAAGACGAAAGUCGAAGGAACUGGUUGUACCAUAUUAAUUACAGCCCCUAUCGGAACCACCGUUUCUAUUUACUUUUAUAAUUAUUAUAUCCCAUCUAGGAUGACUUGCGAAGAUGAUAAGAUAGAGAUUUAUGAUGGGCCAACUACAACAUCCAAGAUAUUAGCCACUCAUUGCUCGAAAACUCCGAAUCCGGUGUUUUCAACGCAAAACGUUGUUUUAAUACAAAUUACGAAACGGCCGAAUGCGAUGGCUCAUAUGUUGGAUUUUACUUAUACGAGUACCGAUAAAGGACAAGGUUGUGGGGGGAAAAUUUAUAAUUAUCAUGGGAUUAUUACCAGCCCUUUGUACCCGCAAAAUUUUCCGAAUAUAUCGGAUUGUGUUUGGGAAAUUAACGUUCCGCAUGGAUUGGAUGUAGAAAUCCAUUUUACACAAUUCUCAAUACCAAAUAGAUGCGACACCGAUUACGUAACAAUAACGACGUAUUCAAACAAAAUAUCAAAUGAACAUCAAUAUUGUGGAAACGAUGUUCCCCCCAAAUUGAGGUCGUCUAAAAAGGUGCUUGUUAGAUACGUGACGAGUUUUCAUAAUGGAGCUGUUGGCUGGGUGGCUAACUUUGGAGCAAUUGUCAAUUAACGUACUUAAAGAAUACACACAUUAAUUAAUUAUUGUUUUGUUAAAUAGAUAUGUGUUAAUUAAUAUAAUAUAAAAAUUUAAAAAAUCG